AUGACUCAGCAAAAUAUAGUAAAAUUCGUAAUAUGGGCGUGUGUACUACUGACGCCCAUAUUCUCCCAUGCCACGCCCUUCACCUACACUCACGCCCAGUCACACACCCACGCCCGCACCCUACCAUCGCUACCUGAGGACGGAAAGGACAAGCAAAAUUCAAUAUCUGUUCCUCGCUUGGCGCCGGGCUAUCCCAUCUUGAACACCACCCUGGGCAUUCUCUCCUUCGCCGCCUUCACUGUGUACAUUGCCAUGCUGCUCGGUGGGCUUCUUGGAGGGGACAAUCCGGCCAGGGAGGCAGUGGACAGGCGGGGCGAGGCAGAACCAGCGGGAGACAUCACGCCAAGCAUUUCUCCCUACAACAACACACUGCAGGCAACACACGCGAUCUUGCCUUCCCUGCACCACCUCCCUCCAGUCUUCCCGCCCCUGAGCAACCAUCACCUCAGCCCUCUUCUGUAUACACUAGGAGGACAUGAACUGGCGGGCCUUACAGCGAACAGAGGGAACUUCAUGCAAAAACCUUCAUUUCAACACAAACACGAGAUGAAUAACCUUAACUACCCUCACAGUUUAGACUCUUCUAAUCACCCACCCCUCUACUCUUACAACGAUAUCCUACAGCCUUCAGGAGUGCAUGGUGGCCCUGACGUGUCCCUUGAUAACUUCUCAGGGUAUACAGGCGUGUCUCAGGGUACUAGAGGUGUCACUGCUGCACGUGGGGUACUGGAAGGCCUAAGAAAGCGAGCACCAGUUACACCAACACUCUCCGACAUGAAGGAACCACCACCACCACCACCACCACCACCACCACCACACACAAUGGCGUCAGGAAGAAAUGGUACUAAUACAUUAUCUCCUGCAGGAAUCCUACUAACCCAAACAGAGAAACAGGACUCUACCUCGCCCUCUUCAUCUCUUAUAUUUACUAACACUAGGACUUCGCAGGACUCCCAAAUAGAGGUCCCUAAACACCCUGAAAAUUACAACAACCCUCCACCUCGCUUUCUUUCACAGGGACACGAGUUUAGGGGCACAAAUUCAGGGGUCUCGUUAAGGGAAGCAGGUAAAACAGGUGACAGGUAUUCUGGCAGUCACUUAGGGCAGGAAGUUACGAGGAAAUCAGGCCAAGUGUCACCAUGGAGAAACAUUCGUUACCAGCACGCCAUGAAGGGAGCCAACACGCGUCUCCACACUCUUAUUAACAAAGGCCACACCCGUGACACACUCCCACACGCCCUUCAUAACCAGAGCCACACACGCACAAUACCCUCACAGCGCACCAACACCACCAAGCCACAAAACCUCUCACAUUCCACCAUCUCAAAGGUCACUACAUAUACCCUGACGUCACCACGCACCACCACCAACUCCAUCACCACGUCACGGACACAGACCCCUCCUACAGCACCUCCUUCAGACACCCAAGCUAAAAACCUCACAAAUUUACACUUGGAUCGCCCGGCCACAGCUGCUGCCAUUGUGUCCGCCGUCAGGAAGAUAACCCUCGAGAACUUGGAGGCGCAACAAGGAGCGGGGGACUUCUAAAGGGUCAGUCGCCUCCGCCCUCGCCUUCUACAUGACGCAAGACCGAGGAAUCCCACACAUAAUGAUUCUCCUCUAGAUAACACAACACUGCCGCCUUCACCACGCAGUCACACGCCAACAGAGCCUUCCCAGAUCACUCCCCCAUGCAGCGCCCUAACGGAGGAGCAUCGGACGCCCACCCCAGGCCAGACACACGCCCGGAACACACCGCAAGAUGACAAGGCGUGAUGCUCCGGCAGUGAAAAGAUGACUUGAGAGAGAGAGAGAGAGAGAGAGAGAGAGAGAGAGAGAGAGAGAGAGAGAGAGAGAAAGAGAGAGAUAACCUCACACCAUACUAAAAAUAACAACAAUAACAAAAGUAUCACCUCUAAAUAACCCAGAAAAACAUAUUAGAAAUCAU